UUCAAGCGUAAGAACCAUGAUACACCUCAUGAGAAAAAUCACAAAUAACAAUCAUAAAUCAGUCACUCGAGUCGUAGUUGGAGCCAUCGUAGGAGGGUCUUCACUCAUAUACUACGCCUCCAAUGAUAAUGAUUCAAUUUCAAUUCCCAUUCCAUCACAACAUAUGGUGAGAUGCAAAUGGAGUAAUAUGCAAGACAAGGACUUGUUCUACCCUGCAUUUUCACACCAGGGAGCUUCACACAAUAGCAGCUGGUUUCUUCCAUUUUUCGUUUCAAGAACAACUUUUGACACAUCACCACCUCCACCGCCACCACCACCACCACCACCACCACCAUCGUCAUUUGAUACAGAGAAAAAAACAACCUCAAUGGUUGAUGGUGGUGAUGAUAGUGCCAAACACUACCCCGGAUGUAAGUGUCUCACUCGAAAUACAAUUGCCAAUGCAGCUGCAAGUGUUAAUCCUGCCGUAGUGACUUUAUCAAUUUCCGGUUCUAAAGGAUCUGGUACAAUCAUAGACAAAGAUGGAACCAUAUUAACUUGUGCACACGUCUUGUUACAUAGCUCUCCCGGAUUGAGCCCCGUCCAAAGGCCCGGUUUGAUUUAUGUGACAUUACAAAAUGGUGGAACUUUUGAGGGUUUAGUGGAAAUAGUUGAUUCCGAGUUGGAUAUUGCUAUUUUAAAGAUACAAUCUGAAACUCCAUUUCC